GGCUGCAAGCAGAGGGUGCACUGCAGUGUGUCCUGACAAUGGAAACUUUCUCAGUUCCCCCAGUACAAGGAAGCUUGUAGAGCUGAGUUCAGCCCCAGACAAACUACACAACUUCCUUCCUGCUACAUACUUGUACAUUGCACAUUAAACAAACACUGCAGGGAGGCACAAAGGAAAGCAGCCGAGCGGCUCCCUCCACACAUCCAUGGACCCCCAGGCUGGAUUCUGACUCCAGGACUGUCUUCUUGCAGAAGAAACUGUGGCUGCUGGCAAGAAAGGCGAGAAGACCUCGCAGAAGAAAAAGGUAGAGGACGAGGAGCUGGACACCAGGGAUUAGGUCCUAGAAGUCACCUCCUGCGCAGCUGAUUUGUUUAUGGAGGUCUGGGCAGGUGCCCAGCCGAGCAGUCAUCUCAUCAACUUUUCAAGCAAUGUUGUGGACGAGAAGACAUCUUUGGGACCUGUUUGCCUGAGCUGGUGGUGCCCAGCACACCCCGUGUCCACCGCUCCUCUCCUCACAGGACUAUGGCUGUGUAUUGCUAUGCCUUGAAUAGCUUGGUCAUGAUGAAUAACAACAGUGUGACGAAGACGAGCCAGAGACCGGUGUUGCCCAUGCCAGAGAGACGUAGCACUUAUUGUCCACUGUUGGUCCGUUCUCCACUGCCUCUCCAUAGCCCCGGAGCCACCAGUCCCGGUAGCUCUCCAAGGAACAACAACACAACCUCCUUUGUCUUUCCCGAGUCGGGAGAACGAUCCACCUCAAGAAGUCGUAGCCCUAGUUUUAACGGCAAAGAUGACCAUUCUCCGAGUUUGUCAAGAGUCCGAAGGUGCCCCUCGCCUUUACGACUUCAUGGCGGGAAUGUGGGGGAAGCGGUCUCUGUGAUAGAUUCACGAUCGGGGUCUUUGUUGGGGUUUGGGCACGGCCAUGGGUCAGGAAUGGGACUUGUGGAAUCCGGAGAGAAGAGACGUCUUUCUCAGUUACAACGGGAGCUCCAAAAUGUUCAGGUUAACCAGGUUGUGGGACUCUUCGAAGCACAUAUUCAAGCCCGGAACCGCCCAGUUUCUCCAGCUCUUAGGAGCCCUCGUCUAGGUAGCAGGUCCCCGUCACCUCUAAGAUUUGGUAAGCGGGAGGAUAGUGUGUUUAGUUUUAUUCAUGAUAGAGGACCUAAAUCAUCUUCCUCCAGUUUGGAAGGAACAUCAACCCCUACAUCACCAAUAUCACCAUCAGUUGUCCAAGUGUCACCCAUAAUGGCUCCAGGAACUUCAUCAGUUUCACCAUCAGUGGUUCUAGUACCACCAUCAGUGGCCCCAUGUAGUGAAAAAGACACAACUAGAACUUACAAUUUAACCAAAUCUGAGCAAAACCUCAACAACUCCCUGGAAAAUUCAAGCAAGUCUAUCCCACCUAAGAUGGUAUCUCCAGGACCUAUUCCAGCAGUCAUAGUCACUGACCAUGGGGAAGACGUUGAAGGUCAAGAGGACUUUAAUAUCCUAAGCAUCAAUCCUGCUAAUCUACCUAGGAAAUUAUCCUCGUCUUCAGCUUCAUCUACUGGCUUCUCUUCAUCUUGGGAUGACUCAGAGGACGACGUAUCCAGCGAUCCCGAGAAAUCCCCCGCACACAGCACCCCGUUUCUACAAACCAUUGAACAAAAGCCAAGAGUGAGCAAAUCAUGGAGAAAAAUCAAGAACAUGGUGCAUUGGUCGCCCUUUGUUAUGUCAUUCAAGAAGAAGUAUCCAUGGGUCCAGCUAGCAGGACAUGCAGGUAGUUUUAAAGCAGGCGCCAAUGGUAAAAUCCUGAAGAAGCACUGUGACUGUGAGCAGCGCUGCCUGAGCCAGCUGAUGACUGACAUCCUGAAGCCUUAUGUACCCGCUUAUCAUGGAGAUGUGUUGAAAGAUGGCGAGAAGUACAACCAGAUGGAAGAUCUGCUCUCGGAGUUCGAAAGCCCCUGUGUCAUGGACUGUAAGAUGGGUGUGAGAACCUACUUAGAAGAAGAGCUGACCAAAGCCAGGAAGAAGCCGAGCCUGAGGAAGGACAUGUACGUCAAGAUGACCGAGGUCGACCCCAGUGCCCCAACUGAAGAAGAGAACCAGCAGAGGGCCGUCACCAAACCACGAUACAUGACGUGGAGGGAGACCAUCAGCUCCACCGCCACCCUAGGCUUCAGAAUCGAAGGCAUAAAGAAGGAAGAUGGAACUGUGAACAAAGACUUUAAAAAGACCAAAACCCGGGACCAAGUCAUGGCCGCCUUCAGAGAGUUUACAAAAGCUAAUGUUAUGAUUCUAACGUCUUACCUGAAUUGUCUAGAAGAUAUAAGGAGAACGUUAGAACAGUCUUUCUUCUUCAAGACCCAUGAGGUCAUCGGGAGCUCCUUACUUUUCAUCCACGAUAAGAAGGAAAAAGCCAAGGUCUGGAUGAUCGACUUUGGAAAAACCACCCCGUUAUCGGACGGUCAGGAGCUGAACCACAGGAUAGCCUGGGUGGAGGGCAACCGGGAGGACGGCUACCUGUGCGGACUGGAUAAUCUGAUAGACAUCCUCAGAGAGAUGGCAGAAGAGAAGGAUGGCAAUUAGCGGGGUGGUGGAGGGGGCCACCCUGCUCC